UAGUUACUGCCCACUCCUCUUCCGAGCUCCCCACCUCCUCUUCCUCCUCCUUCGAAGGUCCGCCGAUUCGCCGGCGGCGGCUCGAGCUCCUCCCCCGAGCCUCCGGCGGCGGCGGUCCGGUCCCGGUCCCGGUCCCGGUCCCGGUCCCCGGUCGGUUCGCUUGCUAGGGUUUUGGAGCCUGAUGUUCCCGAGGCUGAUCCAGUCGCACGAGGGGCUCCUCGGCCCCGACGACUUCGUCGGCGUCGGCGUCGUCGGCGGCGGAGGAGGCGGAGGCGGAGGAAAUCCCGGCCACCGCGGGGAUCCGUGCCUCGUGCUGACCUCCGAUCCCAAGCCCCGCCUCCGCUGGACCACCGAUCUCCACGAGCGGUUCGUCGACGCCGUCACCCAGCUCGGCGGAGCCAGCAAAGCUACCCCAAAGGCCAUUAUGCGGACAAUGAACGUGAAAGGGUUGACUCUGUUCCAUUUGAAGAGUCACCUCCAGAAAUACAGACUAGGCAAGCAAUCAGGGAAAGAUGGGGCCGAUGCACCCAAAGAUGGGUUGUCAGGUUCUUACCUUUUAGAAAACCCUGGUAGCGGUAAUUCUACCCCAAGCUUACCAUCAUCUGAUCUGAAUGAGAUAUCCGGCUUUGGCAGAAAUUAUGAAGUCAAAGAGGCAUUAAGAGCACAAAUGGAAAUGCAGAGCAAAUUACAUCUUCAAGUUGAGGCUGAGAAGCACUUGCAAAUACGCCAGGAUGCAGAGAGAAGAUACAUGGCAAUGCUUGAGAGGGCUUGCAAGAUGCUUGCCGACCAAUUCAUCGGUAGCGCAAUCAUUGAUACUGAAAACCAAAAAUGCCAGGCAUAUGGGGUUAAGAUGCCAAGAAACCUGUCCAUUGAUCCACUUGGCUUUUACUCGCAUGAGGUGACUGCAGUACAUGGCACGGAGGACGAAGUGCCACCAAACCUCCAUUCCCAGAGGGGCGAUUGCUCUACUGAAAGCUGCUUGACCUCGCACGAGAGUCCCAGAAUUUUAGCUCUUGAAGAAUCUCCAGCUGGAGGAAAGAAACGAGCAAUGGGCAUUGACUCAACAAGCGCACCUCUUAUUUGGAGUGAAGCUAAGCUGAAGAUCCGGGAUGUCGCUGUACCCCAGGUAAGCCCUCAUGGACUCACUGGCUUUGGGAUGUAAGGCUGAAUAUUCUGUAUUCAAUUCAUCUGGCUAAUUGGCCUAGCUCCUAGCCCGCCCUGCAUUUUCAAGUGUAAAAAAUCGCCAGUUCUCUUUUUGUCCUCUUUGUCAUUGGCAGAAACAGUUGAAACAACUGCCUGAAAAACCUGUAAAUUAUCGACAAUCAAAAUGCCAAGACUCUGUAGUUUUCAGACUUCUGUGAUUCUCCAUUAACAGUGA